AUGGCGCCCCUUUCGCUUCGGGCCCUCUCGCUGCUCGCGCUCACAGGAGCCGCAGCCGCGGUGACCCUAUCGGUCGCGAACUCUGGCGGUAAUGAUACGUCUCCGUACAUGUAUGGCAUCAUGUUCGAGGACAUCAAUCAGAGCGGUGACGGCGGGCUGUACGCCGAGCUGAUUCGCAACCGAGCCUUCCAUAAUAGCUCCCUCCAGGCCUGGACCGCCGUGGGGGACAGCACUCUCGAGGUCGUAACCUCUGCACCGUUAUCGGAUGCCCUGCCUCGCUCGGUCAAGGUCACGAGUGGAAAGGGCAAGGCGGGCUUGAAGAAUGCCGGCUACUGGGGAAUGGACGUCCAGAAGACCGACAAGUAUAGCGGCAGCUUCUACUCGUACGGCGCCUACGACGGAAAGUUUACCCUCUCUCUGGUGUCGGACAUCACAAAUGAGACCCUGGCCACCACCAAGAUCAAGUCCAGGUCGGUGGAGCAUGCCUGGACCGAGCACAAGUUCGAGCUUCUCCCGACCAAGAGCGCGGCGAACAGCAACAACAGCUUCGUGCUGGAGUUCCGCCCCUGCCACCAGACGGAGCUCCAGUUCAACCUCAUCAGCUUGUUCCCGCCGACGUAUAAGAACAGGCCCAACGGCAUGCGCCGAGAGCUCAUGGAGAAGCUCGCAGACCUCAAGCCCAGUUUCCUUCGGAUUCCAGGAGGCAACAACCUCGAGGGCAACUAUGCUGGCAACUACUGGAACUGGUCAAGCACACUUGGCCCGCUGACCGACCGGCCCGGUCGUGACGGCGUGUGGACGUACGCCAACACGGACGGCAUCGGGCUGGUCGAGUACAUGCACUGGGCCGAGGACCUCGACGUGGAGGUUGUGCUGGCGGUCGCCGCAGGCCUGUACCUGAACGGCGAUGUGGUCCCGGAGGAGGAGCUGCACGUCUUCGUGGAGGAUGCGCUGAACGAGCUCGAGUUCCUCAUGGGCGACGUCUCGACCCCUUGGGGCGCGCGCCGCGCUAAGCUCGGCUACCCCAAGCCGUGGAACAUCAAGUUCGUCGAGGUCGGCAACGAGGACAACCUGUGGGGCGGCCUCGACUCGUACAAGAGCUACCGGCUGAAGACUUUCUACGACGCCAUCAAGGCGAAGUACCCCGACAUCUCCAUCUUUUCGUCGACCGACGAGUUUGUGUACAAGGAGUCGGGCCAGGACUACCACAAGUACACCCGGCCGGACUACUCCGUGUCCCAGUUCGACCUGUUUGACAACUGGGCCGACGGCCACCCCAUCAUCAUCGGAGAGUAUGCGACCAUCCAGAACAACACGGGCAAGCUCGAGGACACGGACUGGGACGCGCCCAAGAACAAGUGGUCCAACUGGAUCGGCUCCGUCGCCGAGGCCGUCUUCAUCCUCGGAGCCGAGCGCAACGGCGACCGGGUCUGGGGCACCACCUUUGCGCCGAUCCUCCAGAACCUCAACAGCUACCAAUGGGCUCCCGACCUAAUCUCCUUCACCGCCAACCCGGCCGACACCACGCCCAGCGUCUCGUACCCGAUCAUCCAGCUGCUCGCCUCGCACCGCAUCACGCACACCCUCCCCGUCAGCAGCGCCGACGCCUUCGGCCCGGCCUACUGGGUGGCCGGUCGCGGCGCCGACGACGGCUCGUACAUCCUCAAGGCGGCCGUGUACAACAGCACGGGGGGUGCGGAUGUACCGGUGAGGGUGCAGUUUGAGGCGGGGGGUGGUGGUGGUGGUGGUGGUGGUGGUGGUGGUGGUGGUGGUGAUGGGAAGGGGAAGGGUAAAGGGAAGGGAGGGGAGGGUGGUGAGGGUGUGAAGAAGGGUGACCGCGCGCAGUUGACCGUGUUGACGGCGCCGGAGGGGCCCUGGGCGCAUAAUACGCCGGAGAAUAAGGGGGCGGUCAAGACGACAGUGACGACGUUGAAGGCCGGGAGGGGUGGGGUGUUUGAGUUUAGUCUGCCGGAUUUGUCGGUGGCGGUGUUGGUGGUGGAGGGGGAGAAGUGA